CUAGAGAGGAGCAUACAGCAGCUUAGGCCGGCGCUCACUAUUUUAUGUAAAUUAUGCAACAUGUCCUCGAAAUACGAAUUGAAGACUACGGGACUUGAUUUGAUACCGUUAACGAAGCCCAACCCGUUUGAAACGCAUUGUCGGGGCAAGACGACCCAAGACGACCCAGGACAGGCGAGCUCGUUGCGCGACAGUUGGAUCAUAUCGAUCGAACAAGACGUUGAGUUGCAGCUGGCAGCGACAUCACUGUUGCCCUGCCGCACCUCGCUCGCCGGCGGUGUGCUCGUCACAUUCAGUUAUUCACGCUUUUCUGCUUCUGAACUUCUUCUCGAGGUCUAGACGUUCUGAAUUUUUCAUAGCGCGGGAAUGCUGAGACGGGCAUAGGCGGCGCGGACGGCCGGAUGGCCAGCCCCGCCUGAACUUCCGCCGCUUUCUCGUCGACAUCCACAGCACCAACGCGCCAGCCACACCCCGCUGAUGCCAUUGCGCGUUUGAUUCCGACUCAGUCUAGCCCGAAGCAGGAUAUGAGCUCCUGCUUUGUUUCCAAGUUGAUAAUGGAGGGUGAUGCUCAAGUUUAUAUUUAGGGAAUUGAGCUUAUCCAUCCCAUCUCCAAAGCCCGAACCCACCGAGCUGAGCUCACCGGCAAACAGGGGUUUUUGUUUUCCUGUCUUGCUCUCUGCGAGCUUCUGCCCCGCACUUGGUUCCCUCUUCUUCCAAGACUUUUGGAAUAUCUCGCCCAUUGAUACCCUCUACCUUAAACUCAUCUUACACCUAACUACCGUUGUUAUUUUCUGCGACUUUAAACUACUACAAAGCAUCAUAGCGAUAAAGCAAUUCAUAUUCAGCCAUGGCUUACUCAAGGGAGUACCCGACCAUCUUGCUCGGGGUCAUCCUCCUGUUUUGGUUUGUGAAGCCCACCCUCGCCUUCGGCGCUGGUAACAUUGCCGGGAUUUCUAGCAUCGAGGGCCAGAACUGGCGCCACGGUGACAUCGAAGAUGCCCUCCUCAAAGUCAUGAUGGCCCGCGCCGUCGGCGGCAAGAGAUUCGACAAGUUGAUGGUCUCCCGCGUCUACUUUGGCAACUGGCUCCGCGACUACUCCCAAGCCAUCGACGUCGGCACCGUCAAGAGCGUCUCUGCCGAGGCCAUCAGGCUCCUUCUCUGCGUGCUCGGCUUCAUUACUUUCGGCUACGGCAGCAAGGAGUUCGAGGUGACGGCCGACCGUCUGGGGUGCUACCGUCCCGAGGACCACAUCGACAACCCAAAGGACUAUGCCGAGAACGAGGACGCCAGGCAGUACCACCGCGCUCUUCGCGGCCCGGUCAACGAGGAGGUCGAGCUGGCGAUCGAUCCCGAGACGGGCAUGAAGAACUACAUUGCUAAUGAGAACAUCGGGAUCAUGACGUCGGCUGCGCACUGCAGGAAGCUGUUCACGGAUGCGAUUGAGCUUGGGAGGAGGUAUGGGAGGAGUGGGAACAAGGAUGAUUUGUAUGAGUGCCUGAGGUUGAUCGGGACUGGGUUGCACUAUUACUUCGCCCACAGCAACUACAUUGAACUCGCCCUCAUCGAAAUGGGCGAGCAAGACGUCUUCCCCCACGUGGGCCGCAACACAAAGAUCUCCCUCGAGGGCGCCAACGACGAAGUCUACCCCAUCGUCACCGGCACCUUUGGCGGCGUCGACUUCUUGCACUCGGUCACGGGCGAGGUCUCGGACAAGCUCAUCCAGAGUGAAAUCCAAGACCUGGAAAACACGCUCGAGCAGUCCAAAAACUCGGACCUGUCCUACCUCCGCGAGCUCCUCGACAAGAUCCCCGACGGGCUCAUCGGCAGCGACAAGAAGAACAAGGUCAACGAGAUCCAGGACAAUGCCAACGCCGCCCAGAUGGAGCAGACGAGCAUCUCGCCCAAGGAGACGGAGGAGUUUACCCGCCAGGUCCAGGACAUCUUCCGACAGAUCAUGCCCGCGAUCGAGUACCACGACGACUUGCUCAAGAGCAUCUCGGAGGCGGUGUCUAGGAUUCCGAUUCUCCCCAAGAUUAUCGAGCAGCUCGAGGAGCAGCUCUCGUUGUUUGUGUUUCAGGUCAUCGCCCCGUUUGUGAUUCCGGUUAUCGAGCAGAUCAAGAACGAGCUCGCGACGGGCGCGACGGAGAUUAUCGAGUCGAGCAAGAACGAGCAGCACAUUGUUUUCGAGGACGAUGACGCUUCUGAUCCUACGCACUCGAUGCUGUCGAAGGAUCAUUUUACGAACAUUCUCAACGAGGUUGCUGGGCGGGCGGCGUCGAAGGUUGUUUCCUGGUCUGUGCCGCAGCUCAUGGAGGCUAUCGAUGACGAGGGGGUGGAUGUUGAUCGGGUACUCAACAAGAUUAUCUAUGGUGUGCUCCACCACCCUGCGCAGCGGAACAUGGGACCUGACGGGGCUGAUGAGGGCCGGAGGCUGAUUUAUGGGAUUGUGGAGGAGUGGUGGAAUGAUAUGGGGCGGGGUCAGCAGGAGGAUUAUAGGCGGAAGCUGAGCAGGGAGGGGGUGGAGAAUGGGGAGAAUCAUAGGGAGGGGGAGAAGGAUUGCGGGCAUGGGUGUGGGGGGCGGGUUGAAGGUGAAGAAGAAUUAUGCUAA